AUUCUUUUCAAUUGAAUAAUGUAUAGACUACAAAGAGCCUUGACGAAUAGACACAUCCUCAACACUAGUAAGAUAACAUGUGGAAAACACCUUUCUAUGCCUUCAACACCAAAUUCAACUGUUGUGAAACCAAAAUUCUUUUCCAUACGAUACGCAAGUCGUUUGACUGUACCACGACAACAAUUAAAGAACACGGUCUCUAAAGUCUCCACCAAUGCUCUUAGUACCAUUCGUCCUUUUGUUACUGUCGCUGAUAAAACCGUGUAUCAAUCACCUUAUUUGAAUUGGAAGCUCUUUCCUGACUUUGAAAAACUGUUGACCCAAACCGCCCCUGCAGUAGCCAUCCCUGUCUUUCAAGAAUUGCUUACUGACACUCGUACACGUUUUCUAGAACUUGAAAAGUCUUUUGAACCCACUUGGGAAGGAACUAUUGGAAAACUCACUGAACUGGAAAUUCAAGUCUCUCGAGCUUUUGGUAUUCUCUCUCAUUUGAAUGGUGUAAAAAAUUCACCUGAAUUACGUUCUACUUUGGAACAGAUCCAGCCAGAAUUUAUCAAGCUUAGUUUACUGAUGAAUCAAUCAGUUCCAAAAUAUAAGGCACUUGAAGAAUUGAAAAACUCGGCAGAAUGGGAUCAUUUAGAUAGUGUACAACAACGUAUUGUGGAAAACACCCUUCGUGACAUGAAACAUGCUGGUAUUGGUUUCCCUGAAGGUUCUCUGGAAAAGAAACGGUUCAAUGAAAUAUCAGAACGACUUUCUCAACUCUCUCUUGGAUUCAACAACAAUGUACUGGAUGCGACAAAAUCUUUCAAAAAAGUGAUUACGAAUAAAUCUGAUUUGGAUGGAUGCUCAGAUACAUUUUUGGAAACUCUCAAGAAGAAUGCAGUGAUGCAAGGAUUGGGCGAUGAUGUGUAUUGUAUUACUUUGGAUGCUCCUAUCUAUGGUCCCCUAAUGAUGAAUUGUAAUAAUCGAUCUCUCCGUGAAACUAUCUACAAGGCAAAUGUGACAAAAGCAUCUGAAGGUACCCUGAACAAUGAACUCCUUAUCAAUGAAAUACUGACCCUACGACAUGAAAUGGCAAACUUACUUGGUUACAAGACAUAUGCUCAUUUGUCUCUUUCGGUGAAAAUGGCUCAUGACCCUGAAACAGUGGAAAAGUUAUUGGAUCAGCUUUAUGCAUCGUCCUUGGAUCAUGCCAAACAGGAAUUAGUUACUUUGGCCCAAUUUGCCGUCGAUCAUUUACAAUACUCUCCAGAUGAACAUGGUCAAGUCUUGUCUCCAUGGGACACGGCGUACGUAUCGGAACAAUAUAGAAAAUCUUUAUACAAAUAUGAUGAAGAGACUAUCUCAGAAUAUUUUGCUUUCCCAAAUGUCCUACAAGGUUUAUUCGAAGUCACUGAUCAAGUGUUGGGUAUACAAGUACGGGAAUUGACGGCCGAUGAACUGGAACAAAAGAACAUUACUCGUUGGCAUGAUGAUGUCAAGGUCUUUCAAGUGUCCGAACAUGAUCAAGUCAAAGCAUACUUUUAUGGUGAUUUUUACUCGAGACCUUCGGAAAAACGUAGUGGUGCCUGGAUGGAUACUGUCACUUCUCGAUACAAGGAUCAAAAUGGAAAUGUCACCUUACCUGUUGCUUACCUUAUUUGCAAUCAAGCAAGUCCUCAAUCCGCUGAUAAACCAUCUUUGAUGAAAUUUAGAGAUGUGGAAACCCUAUUUCAUGAAUUUGGUCAUGGUCUCCAACAUAUGAUGACUCGUGUUGAUUACGCUGAAGCUUCUGGAAUCAACGGUGUUGAAUGGGAUUUUGUUGAAGUGGCAUCACAAUUCAUGGAAAACUUUUGCAGUGAACCCAAAUGGUUAGAACGGAUGUCAGGACAUUAUCAAACAGGUGAACCUAUGCCAAAGGAUAUGGUGGAUGCUUUGGUUAAAAAUCGACAAUUCUUAAGUGGUAUGGCCAUGUUACGGCAGCUCCAUUUUGCUAAAGUCGACUUGGCUCUUCAUUCAAGUUUCAAACCUCCUUCUACACCUGAUGAACCAACAGUCUUUGAUGUGGAUGCUGAAAUAGCAAAAAUGACAACAUUGGUACCUCGCUUACCUGAAGAUCGAUUUUUAUGCAGCUUUUCUCAUAUUUUUGGUGGUGGUUAUUCUGCCGGUUAUUACUCAUACAAAUACUCUGAAACUUUUUCUGCUGAUGCAUAUGGUGCUUUUGAAGAAGCAGAAAUAAACGGGGAAUCAUUAUCCAAGGUUGGACAACGCUAUCGUGAUACAGUAUUGGCUUUAGGAGGAGGAACUCCACCAAGAGAUGUUUGGGAAAAAUUCCGUGGUAGACGUGAUGUAGAUGUAAAUGCACUCCUUCGUCACUCUGGAUUACAAUAGAUUAUAGAUAGUAACUAAUCAAUAAAAUUGGAUGUAUUUUUAAAGGUGA